CCGGCGCAGACUGGCUCAGUCGGUAUCACCGCGGCUCCAUACGCUUUCUGUGAACUGAAAGUCAUGGCCGACGGUGACUUUUGUUGCUUAUUCAAAAACACGGAAAUUACAAAUCUCACCGUACCGUUACGGACUUUAACGGCGCUAACGUUUAAGUGUUAGCUGGGCAGACAACUUACUAGCAUAGCGACACAACACUGUCACCCAGAUCUUGGCCUGUGCUCCUCUCCUGUCCCACAAUGCCCUGCAGUGAAACCCCAGUGUCCUCGAAUCUGCACCAUAGAUUCGCUUCAUAGCAAUAACCACCGCCUCUCCCACCAGCACGAUCCAGGUCCAGUCUGUCCCUCUGAUUGGAUAAUUCCGUACUAUCGCUCAGUGUUAGCUGUACCCAAGACAUUUCCACGGAACAAUGGUUUCCCGACCUGGAGAGUUGCCAGCGCUGGAGUCCGGCGCUCCGGACGUGAUGCUGGGGGGGAUGUCCCUCCCGAUCGGGAUGGCCCGGCGCGCCCUCAGCUACGACGACGCCCUGGAGGCACCCAUGUCUCCCCCGCCGUCCGACAUGAACGUCAACAUCCUGUGGAGGAGACCCAUCAUUCCUGAGAGGAAGUUUCAACGUCUGACUGAGGAGGACGAAACGGAGAGCGUCCUGACCCACGCGGCCUCCUUCGACCCGGAGUUCACCAAGCCCUCGGUCCCUGUGGUCAAAGCCAAGGCCUCGGCCGUCAUCAUGAACUCCCUCAUGACCAAGCACACCCAUGAGAACGUGCAGAGGUUCGAGAAGCAGGCGGGGCUGACGGACACGGGCUACACCCCCCACAAGGGCCUGGCGGCCGAGGAGACGCGCUACCACCGCAUGGCCGAGUCGCUGCACAAAAUGAAGGUCCAAAGUGGGGAGUCCCGGGAGGAAAAGCAGACCUCGUCGGCCCAGUCCACCCCCAGCAGUACCCCCCAAGCAUCCCCCAAACAGAAGCGCAGAGGAUGGUUCAGCCAGGGCUCUAUGGCCUCCCUGGCCGGUGUGGAGAUGGGACCUAACCCGCCGGCCCCGCCCCCCGCAGAGCCGCCACUCACUGAGGGAGCAGGAGCAGGAGCGGGAGCUGUGGAGCGCUGGGGCGCAUUUGGGCCCCGCCCCAUCGUACAGAAGUCCACCACAGACCCAGGUACGGACCGGGCCACCGCAGGCGGCUUCGCUCUGCAGGCCUACAGGGGGGCUCAGAAGCCCACCCCCAUGGAGGUGAUGAAGGCCCAGGCCACGCGGCUGGCCGAGGACCCCGCCAACCUCAAGCCCCCCAAAAUGGAGAUCCCGGCGAUGGAGAGCAAGCGCCACUCGCCCCGCCAACACAAGCUCCGGCCCCGGGACAUGAACGUGCUCACCCCCUCCGGCUUCUGAGGGGGAAACUACCCCCCCCCCCCAGUUUCUCCCAAAAAAUCUCGAGAAGUCCACCGUGCUUGUAGCUGGUCUACCCUCAUUCCUCUCCCUCAGAAAAGAGAUCCGGAUCGUACUCUGUGUUCCACUCGUAACCCCCCCUUCUGUGACCCGCUUGCAGAAAUGUUCCGGUUUCAUUCCUGUAAGUCCUCUCUGUCCGGUGCCUACUUCCCGUACCUAGCGGCAGUGUAGAUCUUGUGUAGUACAGCUGAACACGUGUGUAAGUGCGAUUCCGUUUUUACCUCCUUUUGUUUGAACUCCUCCUUUCUCAGUUUGCCUUCCCGGUUGACCCUCUGAAUCGGACCUUAUUUGUAAAUGUUGUACUUGUGUUUCUUUAAUUGUCCCCGCCCAUGUUGCGGUAACGUGACGUCGCGGUGGCGUGAGCAAAUUCGACGCGUUCCCACGGUCUCCUCACCAAUCCCCAAUGCGUUCGCUCCAAGAUUUUAUUCCUUAUUUUUUGUGUUAUAUUAAGAAGUUGUUUUUUUUUUUUAAUUUUUCUUAUAGUGUGCUGUUUUCCUCUCUGCAGAUCCCUAGAUCACAUUGCUCAGGCUCGCCGUUUGAUAGGUCAUUUCUUCAGAUUGCUCGUGAGGUCGUACAGUCAAUGGUCCAGUGAUUUCUGUUCAUCUUAAAUGGAUUGAGUAUCCUAGUGUUCCUAUGUUGCUCAAUGGGAGUCUGUACUGGUAAACAAAUUUUAUAAAUGUGGCGUUAAGUGUAAAACGCUGAGGUUUAGUUUCAAGAGUUCAGUACAACACACAAAGACACCAAAGUGGUCAAACUGUAGUUUAGUUAUUGUCAGAUUUAAAAUGGUUGAAUGGACAGGCUGUUCGGUUAAAUACACAACGCCUAUCUGUGUGGUUCAUUCGGUGGUUUACCUCUAAAUAAACUCAAUGCUGACCUAAGCA